CUUCUUUGCACCAUUUUGACAAUAGGAUUGCAUUAACCUUUCAGUCAAAUAUUUCUGAAAGUCAGAGAUUGAAAAAGGAAGACAAAAAUGGUAAGUGGUAUCCAUUUGAGGGGUCCUUCCCUGAGCAGUCGACCUUACAACAAAACCACAGCAUUUUCAAUGAGAACAGAAUUGCUCAUUGCAGUGAAUCUGAGAAAAUACUGAACCAGGAUUCAAAUGUUAAUGAAUAUCUACGGACUCCUUUGCCAGGGAACCAUUGUGACUGUACUACAUGUAGGGAAGUCUUUUAUUAAAGCUCAAACCUUAUUAGACAGAAGAGAAUACAUUUGGGAGAGAAUCCUUCUGAAUAUACUGAGUGUGGGAAAAUUCUUAACCAGUCCUCCAAUGUUGGUGAUCAUCUGAGGAGUCCUGUGGGAAAAAGCCCGUACACAUGCAAUGAACCUGGGAACAUGUUUAGUCAGCCAUCAAGACUUAAUAUCAAUAAGUCAAUCCAUGCUGGACAGAAAGGUUACGUUUGUAAGGAAUGUGGCAAAGCCUUCAACUGGCACUCAACACUAAUUCAAAAUCACCUAGUGCAUACUGGAGAGAGACCUUACAAAUGUGAAGAAUGUGGUAAAACUUUUAAGUAUGGGUCAUCGCUAAAUGGACACAGGAAAAUCCAUACUGGGGAGAAACAUUACAAACUUAAAAAAGGUGGGAUGGCCUUUACCCAAGACUCACCUCUUAUUAAACACCACAGAAUUCAUGUUGGAGAGAAAUCUUUGGGAUGUCAACAAUGUGGCAAAUCCUUUAACUGGCCCUCAAGCCUUAUUCAACAUCACAGAAUUCAUACUAGAGGGAGACCUUACCAAGGUAAAGAAUGUGGCAAGACCUUUUUUUGGCCCUCAGGCUUUAAUCGACAUUCCAGAAUCCAUACCGGAGAGAAACCUUACCAAUGUAAAGAAUGUGGCAAAGCCUUUAAGUGGCACUCAUACCUUAAUCAACAUCACAGAAUUCAUACUGGAGAAAAAACUUACCAAUGUAAAGAGUGUGGCAAGGCCUUUACCUGCACCUCAGAUCUUACUGGACAUCACAGAAUCCAUACUGGAGAGAAACCUUACAAAUGUCAAGAAUGUGGCAAGGCCUUUAGCCAGCAAUCAUCCCUUAUUCAACAUCACAGAAUGCAUACUGGAGAGAAGCCUUACAAAUGUCAAGAAUGUGUCAAGGCCUUUAUCCAUCACUCAAAGCUUACUGAACAUCACAGAAUCCAUACUGGAGAGAAACCUUACCAAUGUAAAGAAUGUGGCAAGGCCUCUAAACGGUCCUCAUACCUUACUCAACAUAUCAGAAUUCAUACUGGAGAGAAACCUUACCAAUAUAAAGAAUGUGGCAAGGCCUUUAAGAACUAUCCACAGCUUACUCGACAUCACAGAAUCCAUACUGAAGAGAAAUCUCACCAAUGUAAAGAAUUUAGCAAGGCCUUUAGCCAACAGUCAUACCUUAUUAAACAUCACAGAAUUCAUACUGUGAAACCUUAACAAUGUAAAGAAUGUAAUAAGGUCUUUAAUCACUCUUCAAACUUCAGUCAUUAUCACAGAAUUCAUACUGGAGUACAUCUUCCAAAUUUAAGGAAUGUGAAAAAUGUUUUGUGGACUGCUCACCCCUUACUUUACAUUGGAAAAUUUACACUGGAAUAUAACCAUUGAAUACUAAAGCAUGUGGCCAAGUGUUUAAGCAAUGCUAAACCCUGACUCCUGACCAGAGAAGGUAUACUGGGGAGGAUUUUGCAAAUAUAAGAAUUUGGUAAGCUUACAAAUAAGAGGUGAAGCUUCAUUCUGUAUCACAGAAUUCAUACUGGAGAAAAACUUUAAAUGUGAAGAAUGUGGUAAAACUUUUGUGACUACUGAACCCUUUUCAAUAUCUCAGACUUUAUACUGAGGAGAUACAUUACAGAGGUAAAGAAUGUGUCCAACCAAAGCUGGAACUCACAACUUGCUCAAGAUCAUAGCUAUCUUUCAGGAGAGAAACUAACAUGUAGAGAAAGUUGCCAUGCUUUUAAGUGGAAUUGAAUCCUUAAUCAAUAUCCCAAAGUACACAUGAGAUUAAAUCCUAC